AUACAUAUGCACACACACACAGAGGUGCAUGCUUUCAGUGAGCAACCCAGUUCACUCCUACCUCCCAGCAUCACUUCCUGUAUCUCUCUUGCAGCUCCAGCAGCGAGGACCAGCGGUGGGGCUGGAGAGCUGGGUCCUGCUGAGAGGAUGAAAACAUGGGGCUCAAGUUAUCCUGCCUCAAAGGCUUGAAGAUGUGUGUGAGCAGCGGGAAUGACAGCGACCAGGCAGGAGCAGCAUCUCCAGGAGAGAAGCACUUGCAUGUGCCCUCCAUCAUCGUCACGCCACCAACACCGACGGGGACCAUGCUGGCCCGAGAGGCACGGCGGGGCGGGGGGGCACCAUCGUGCAGUCAGUGCUGACCGUGAGCAUCCUGGGGAUACAAUCCCCGCUCCACAGGGAUGCGCGUUGUCCAGGGCCAGCUCCUUAGGGACACACGGGGCUCCCAUCGCAUGGGGAGAUCUGGGCCCUUUCAAUCCCGGCUUGCCAGUGGAAGUGCCUCUCUGGCUCGCCAUCAACCUGAAGCAGAGGCAGAAGUGCCGGGUGAUUGCUCCGGAAUGGAUGGAUGUUGGGAAACUGGAGGAAAUCCGGGACCAGGAGCGCAAAGAGGACACCUUCACUCGGAUGCCCAGCCCCUACUACAUGGAGCUCACAAAGCUGCUGUUGAACUAUGCCUCAGACAACAUCCCCAAGGCCGACGAGAUCCGCACGCUGGUGAAGGAUACCUGGGACACCCGGAUAGCCAAGCUGCGGCUGUCUGCAGACAGCUUCGUCAGGCAGCAGGAGGUUCAUGCCAAGCUGGACAACUUAACCUUGAUGGAGAUCAACACAACCAGUACUUUCCUCACACAAGCCUUAGAUCACAUGUACAAGCUCCGGACUAACCUUCAGCCUGGCGAGGCUGCCCGUUCCCAGGAUUUCUGAGGCAGCCUUCCAGCCAGCUGGGAAUGGCUCCAGAGCUGCUGAUGGAACGGGAGCAUCCCUGCACGGGAGCUCCUCACUUCAGAGGUGGGCCUCUUGGGGUGAAGAGAUCUGCUUUAAUGCAGGUGGUGGCUUGCCAGCGCUACCCUGCUGCUUGCCUAAUGGGGCCGGGCGGAUCUCUGCGCCCUCAAGAGUAGAUGUACUUCAUAGAGGGAACUUCUGAGGGCAGCACAGGCCACACACUGGCUUGAAAGCAGUAAAUUUCCAGGCGUUGCUUUGCCAUGGAUCUUUCUCAGAGCCUUGGAAAGGGAAACUGAUGUGCGGGCAAUGAGAGGUGUCUGCUGGGGAGAUCAGCUGGGAAGCAGAUCCAGCUGCUCUUUGGAGGAGGACAAAAGAAAAGGGUUUUCCCCUCUCUGUACCAGGCUGUCUUGUAACGUCACA